GGCGGACGCGGCGGAGGCGAGCGCACUCAGAGCUGGAGAGACUACCCUGCCCUGAAGAAGGAGAACCCGAAGCUUCAAGAGUUCUACGACGCGCUGCUGCAGCUGCCCGAGGAGGAGAAGACGCAGUUCUGGGAUGCAUUGAGGCGCGAGCUGCCCAACAGCUUUCGCUUCUGCGGCUCCAAGGGCCAUGCGCUCGCCGUCGAGAGACUCCUGCGGACCCGAUACAUUCCCGAAAUCGUCAAGAUCGAGCAUCAGGAUGGCCGGCCCGUCGACCCUCCCAAGCCUGUCCCCUGGUACCCCGACGAGCUUGCCUGGUGGAUGACCACGCCCAAGAACGUCGUGCGCAAGUUCCCGCCCUUUGCGGCUUUCCAAAAGUUCCUCGUCUCCGAGACCAGCGUCGGCAACAUCAGCAGACAGGAAGUCGUCAGCAUGAUUCCUCCUCUGCUGAUGGAUCUGCGACCGGGCAUGACGGUCCUGGACAUGUGCGCCGCGCCUGGAAGCAAGUCUGCCCAGCUGCUGGAGAUGCUCCACGUUGGCGAGGAGUCUCGCGUGAGGAAGGUGCUGCGACAGUAUGCCAAGGAAGAUGGCCUGGACCUCGGCGACGAGACCAAGGACGAAGCGGAGGCCGACCUCGAGGCGGACCCCUCUGAUGCCGGUCGUGCGACGGGUCUCCUGAUUGCCAACGAUGCCGACUACAAGCGCGGCCAUCUCCUGGUCCAUCAGCUCAAGAGACUGUCUUCGCCCAAUCUCCUCGUUAUGAACCACGACGCUACCCAGUUCCCCUCCAUCAAGCUGCCCUCGCCCGAACCGACCAAGCCUGUCUAUCUCAAGUUUGACAGAAUCCUGGCCGAUGUGCCCUGCUCCGGUGACGGAACAGCCCGAAAGAACGUGAACCUGUGGAAGGACUGGCAGCCAGGUAGUGCCCUGGGACUGCACGUCACCCAGAUUCGCAUCCUGGUCCGGGCCCUGCAGCUCCUCAAGGUCGGCGGCCGCGUCGUGUACUCCACAUGCAGCAUGAACCCCGUCGAGAACGAGUCCAUCAUUGCAGCCGCGAUCGAGAGAUGUGGUGGCUUGGACAAUGUCGAGAUUGUCGACGCUAGCGAUCAGCUCCCUGGCCUCGUACGACGCCCUGGCCUCAAGACGUGGAAGAUCAUGGACAAGAGUGGCAGGAUCUGGAACUCCUGGGAAGAGGUUGAGAAGUUUACCAAGGAGAGCAACGACGGCGUUGUCCCUGGCCGACUUCAGUCGUCCAUGUUCCCUGAUCCCGAGGGUACGAAGCUGCCCCUCGAGCGGUGCAUGAGGGUGUACCCCCAUCUGCAAGAUACCGGUGGCUUCUUCAUCACCGUUCUGGAGAAGAAGUCGGAGUUUAAGGCGAAGCCCGAGAACGAGGCCAAGGAGGCCAAAACCGGGGAGGAGAAUGAACCUGCCACAGACAACAAGAGGCCCCUCGACGCUAAUGCCGAUACGGAGCAGCCUGCCAAGAAGGCCAAGACGGAGGAGAAAAACUCAGCAGCCGCCACUCCUGCCCCUGCUGCCGAACCUGUUGCUCAGCGCGAGGAGCGCCCUAGCAAGCCAAAGAAGAACGGACCGGUGGAGGAGCCGUUCAAGUACCUCGACCCCUCUCACCCAACCAUCCAGAACAUCAAGGAGUUUUACAAGCUGUCGAGCCGCUUCCCCACGGACCGAUACAUGGUGAGGAACGAGAUGGGCGAGCCGGCCAAGGCCAUCUACUACACCACCGCCCUGACGCGCGACAUCCUGACGGAGAACGAGGGUAGAGGCCUCAAGUUCAUCCACGGCGGCGUGCGCAUGUUCAUGAAGCAGGACGCGCCCUCGGCCGAGGUCUGCCGCUGGCGCAUCCAGUCGGAGGGCAUGCCCAUCCUGCAGGGCUACGUGGGCGAGACGCGCGUCGUGCACCUGCGCAAGAAGGAGACGCUGCACAAGCUGCUCAUUGAGAUGUUCCCCAAGAUUAGCGACGGCGGAUGGCAGAACUUUGACGAAAUUGGCGAGCGGGUGCGCGAUAUCGGCAUGGGCUGCUGCGUGCUGCGGGUCGAGCCCGAGGGCGACGACCCGGAGUGGCAGGAGAGGAUGGCGUUGCCGCUGUGGAAGAGCAUUCACUCGCUGAACCUGAUGCUGCCCAAGGAGGACCGCGCGGCGAUGCUGUUGAGAGUGUUCAAUGAUACUUCGCCGCUGAUUAACAUUAGCCUGCAGCGGAAGGAGAAGAAGGCUGCUGAGGAGGCGCAGCAGCAGGAGGAACAGGAGCAGGAGCAGGAACAGGAGUUGGAGGAUAUCGAUGUGGAGGAUCUUCCUACGCCUGAGGGCGAUGAUUAA